UAUUCAAUCCCACGUGCGUUAAGUCCAUGGUUAAUUCAUACGAUUCUUACGAUUCAUACCGACAGCGACGUUGAAGCAUCAACAACGUUUCCAAAACCGAUCAUCAGUUGACAUAUGUAUCUAGCUGGCAGUUCGUAAAACAAAACGAAAGAAUCAAAACGAGACUUAAGAAAAUCUGUGCACAAAUUUUACUAACUUGGAAGUUGGAACUCAUUAGAUUCAUUGUCUAAAAUGCCCCGGUCAUACGAAGAAGAACUGAAGUUCAUAGAAAGGUUAUCUCCUUAUUCUUGGCGCAUCAAAAAAGGAUUUGUUCCUAAUAUGAAAGUUGAAGGCAUUUUCUAUGUCAACAACAACUUAGAGAAUCUGAUGUUUGAAGAGCUGAAAGCCUCUAGUGCUCAAGGCCUAGUUGGGGGAUUUCUUCCUGGAAUGAAGCAAAUUGCCAAUGUUGCUGCCCUGCCUGGAAUUGUUGGACGAUCUAUUGGGUUACCUGAUGUUCAUUCUGGCUAUGGCUUUGCAAUUGGAAAUGUAGCUGCAUUUGAUAUGGAUGAUCCAAAUUCCAUAGUAUCUCCUGGCGGAGUAGGAUUUGAUAUUAACUGUGGAGUUAGGUUGCUGAGGACAAACCUUACUGAAAAAGAUGUUCAGCCUGUUAAAGAACAAUUGACCCAAAGCAUGUUUGAUCACAUUCCUGUUGGUGUUGGAUCAAAGGGAGUAAUCCCUAUAAAUGCCCAGGAUCUCGAAGAAGCUUUAGAAAUGGGAGUAGAUUGGUCGCUCCGCGAGGGGUACGCUUGGGCAGAAGAUAAAGAACACUGCGAAGAAUUUGGCCGAAUGUUGAAUGCCGAUCCUUCGAAAGUCAGUCUCAGAGCUAAAAAGAGGGGACUUCCUCAGUUGGGCACUCUUGGAGCCGGUAAUCAUUAUGCGGAAAUCCAAGUAGUGGACGAGAUCUAUGACAAGUGGGCCGCCACCAAAAUGGGGAUAGAACACAAGGGCCAAGUUUGCAUCAUGAUUCAUUCGGGAAGCAGAGGAUUCGGCCACCAAGUAGCCACCGAUGCUUUGGUUACCAUGGAAAGAGCAAUGAAAAGAGAUAAUAUCGUGACCAACGAUCGUCAACUAGCGUGUGCCCGAAUUUCUUCAACGGAAGGCCAGGACUAUUUAAAAGCAAUGUCAGCAGCUGCAAAUUUCGCCUGGGUUAAUCGAUCUUCCAUGACUUUCCUCUGUCGCCAAGCUUUCGCUAAGCAGUUUAACUCGACCCCGGAUGACCUUGACAUGCAUCUUAUAUACGAUGUAUCGCACAAUAUUGCUAAAGUGGAACAGCAUACUGUUAAUGGUAAACUAAAAACAUUACUGGUCCAUCGAAAGGGCUCAACUCGAGCUUUCCCGCCUCACCAUCCAUUAAUUCCGGUCGACUACCAGCUAACGGGUCAGCCUGUUCUCAUUGGAGGAACAAUGGGUACUUGUAGCUACAUCUUGACCGGUACAGAAAAGGGAAUGGAGGAAACCUUUGGUUCAACCUGUCACGGAGCGGGACGAGCCUUAUCUCGCGCGAAAUCCCGGCGAAAUUUGGAUUACACCGAAGUUUUGGAUCGUUUGAAGGAGCAAGGCAUUUCUAUCAGAGUGGCAUCUCCCAAGCUGGUUAUGGAAGAGGCUCCAGAAUCUUAUAAAAAUGUAACGGACGUUGUCGAUACUUGUCACGCUGCUGGAAUCAGCAAAAAAACUGUUAAGCUCCGCCCAAUUGCUGUAAUUAAAGGGUAAAAUUGUAUUGGUACAAGCUUUGCAAGUUUGGUUGAACAGAUCUUUCAUUGUUUAAAACAAUUUCUUUUCUUGUUAUUUACUAAAUUCUACAAUUCUUUUUCUUGUUUUGCCUGACGUAAAAAAAAAGGAAAAAAACGGGAAAAAUGUCGCUAUUUGGUCUUCGAUAACCUGUCUUUUAAUUUAUGGGGUUGAUUAGAUAAUAUUUUGAACAAAAAUAGAACAUCGCAUAAAAUAACAA